AUGUCGUCUGUAUUUAUUGACGGCGUUGAGGUUUCAUUUCCAUUCGCUCCCUAUCCGGUGCAGGAGGAGUACAUGCGGUCUGUCAUAUAUGCCCUGAAAGGAUCUCACAACGCACUUCUGGAGUCGCCAACAGGGACAGGUAAAACGUUGUGUCUUCUCUGCGGCGUUUUGGCUUGGCUAGACGAGAGGCGCAUCUGUUUUCUUAACAGUGGUAUUAGCGAUCGAACCAGCUUACUUCGCGUGGUGUACUGCAGUAGGACUCAUGCGCAGUUAAGCCAAGUUAUUCGUGAGUUCAAGCGGACCCGCUACAGCAGCAUCUUUUCCAUGGCAGUAUUGGGUUCUAGGGAUCACAUGUGUCUUAACUCGCAGGUGCUUCAGCUUCCAUCUUCGCAUGCUCAGCGGAAGCUGUGCAGCCAGCUCAGAGAAGAUAGGAACUGUCGUUUUUACCGUGGCUAUGAAGCACGUGCCGCGGGGAGGAAGGAUUUUCCAGAUGAGUUAUGGAUACACGACAUGGAGGAUUUAGUUUCUGAGGGCCGGAAGUGCGGCUUCUGCCCGUACUACUACGAAAGAGAUGCUGCUAAAGAUGCAGAUGUUGUAUUUCUUCCAUAUAACUAUGUCUUUGAUGUGUCUUUUCGAAAGCAACUUCCUUUUGAGUUGAGUGGCUCCGUGUUGAUUGUUGAUGAGGCACACAACUUGCCGUCUGUGCUCGGGUCGGCUUCCUGCAUGAAUCUACAGCCGCUAGAUCUUGCAAAUGCUAUCUGUGAGUGUUCCAGGGCCAUGGCGAUGCAACGAAUUUUGUCGAAAGAUGAAGAUAACAAUGACGAUACGAGUGCUGUGACAUCCGAGCAGGAGUUUGCCUCGCUGAAGGUUAUUCUUUGUGGACUAGAGGCGUGUAUUGUUAAUGAGCCAAGGGAGCUGCCGAGUAAAGAGGAGGCAGAGACACAUGCUGGUCGUUUAGAUACCUCUGGAUCGUUAACAGGCUGUGAGAUUGUUCGGAGUGGUUCUUACAUGAUUUCCUUUCUGCGGAAGGCGGCCAUCACACACGACAUCUUCUUUGGUGAUGGAGGGGAAGGAGGGUUUAUAAAUGAAGUGAUUUCAAAAGCGCUUACAGUACUGUCACAGAGUGAGUCGACGGGUGUAGGUCUGUCAAAGGUGCAACAAUUCCUUUCGUUCGUAUUCGAGCGCUGUGGUGAAGGUGAUGAUGAUUCCUCCUAUUUUAUUCUAACCGAUGGCAAGAAUACUAAUGGUCACGCCAAUCCUCGGACGUUGAGUUAUUGGUGUUUAGACAUAUCGCGUGUGGUGCAGUCGCUCGUUUGUGAUUUGCACUCUCUGUUGCUUACCAGCGGCACGUUGUCGCCCCUCAGUCACUUUGCGAUGGAGCUUGGUGUUUCCUUUGAAGUGUGCCUCAAGGGAAGUCACGUCAUUGAAGAGAAGCAGGUAAUUGGAAGUGUGCUUUGCAGAGGGCCAGGAGGUGAGAGGCUGAAUGGUGGUUAUGCCUUUCGCAAUGGUGUGGACUAUAGAAUUGGACUUGGGAUGGCGCUCGUGAAUAUUUCACGAAUUACACCAGGUGGCAUACUCGUUUUCUUCCCCAGUUACGUCGCUUUAAACGCGGCUGUGGAUUUGUGGCGAACUGGAGGUGGUCGGGCAAACGAGACGGAGACUGUUUGGGCGAUGCUCGAGCAGGUGAAGCCCGUUUUUGUCGAACCGGCCGCUGCAGCUGAUGCACAAACAAUCGUUACUAGCUUUCAGCGGGAGGUGGAUGCGAAUUCGACACGUGGUGCCUUUCUGCUAGCGGUGUGCCGCGGAAGAAUAAGUGAGGGUAUAGAUUUUGCUGAUCAGCAUGGUAGGUGCGUGGUUAUCGCGGGUAUACCGUUUGCAAACCACACGGAUUUGUUCGUUCGUCUCAAACGGGAAUACAUCACACGAGUAUCGACCAAACGGCCUGCGGUGGGUGGAAAGCCAUUUACCGGUAAUGAAUGGUAUAUGAACGAGGCCAUGCGAAGUGUUAACCAGUGCGUUGGGCGUGUAAUACGACAUAAAGAUGACUAUGGCGCUGUCGUGCUCGCUGAUGAACGUUUCGUGGAUCGGUUGCACGGACUGUCUGAGUGGGUGGGGUCGCGUUGUACGGUCCACUCGGAGUUUCGUGGGACGUACGCUUGCAUUGCAAAGUUUUUUGCACCGUACCGUCGCCGUUCGGGAACUUCAGCUCGCCAGGCGGGUGCGUGUGCACAAAUGAUCGGAGGUGCCAGCUCUUUGGGGGAGGCAGUGCCGGGUAGUCAGGGCAACAGUCCGGGUGGCUGCUCUGAGGCAGCCAAAAUUCCAAGUUCUGCGGAAAUGGCGAAACGCUUUGCUGCACAGGUGUUGGAGGGGGCGGCAGCCGAAAAAAGUGGUCAACGACGGAAAAUCCUGGAAGAAGCGAGUGAGGUGCCGGUUGCUGUAUCUCGGGAAUUCACGAAGGACAAGAGCGGGGAAAGGUCCGUGCCACAACAACUUCCUCUGGAGGAGGCGGAGGCGUCGGCACCGAGACCCACAUUUAAGAAACAAGUGCUCCCUUCACCUACAACCACCAAUUCAGCUCCCCCACCAACUCUCCUGACGGGUUCCAGUUCGAAGGAGUUCUGUCAGUUUCUUAAGCAGCGGCUGCGGCAGACGAGUUACGACCAGUUUCGUGAAAUAUUGAAGCGGAUAGCGGGCACGCGGACGCAACUCGGCUUGACUGAUGACGACAAAAAGCAGGUUUUACGCACUGCCACCGACGAGCUUAUCUCGCUCUUUACAGAGGCUGCUGGUGAUCGCUAUGGGGAGUUGCUAACUUCCUUUGGCCAACACAUACCCGAAGAGUUUCAACUGUAUUACGCACACCUCCUUCGGAAGCGACCAAGGGUUUCCUGA